AUGCAGCGCAUCACUGUGACCAAGGGCAAGGAUGGCUUUGGGUUCAAGUUGACGGGCAUGCGGUUGCCGCUCUGCCUGCAUCCCACCAAGGAUGGUCCCCAACAAACCCUGCCAGCGGGGCAUGCCAGCUCAUCUUCAUGCCGUUUUGGUCACCAUGAUCAAGGGGGUCCGGCUGAAGCUGCCGGUGUGGUAGAGGGCAUGCAUUUGAUGGGGAUCGAGGAGCAUCCGACGCUGGAUGGCAGCCUUGCCGCCGUCAUCAAGGCCGUUCAGAAUUGUACUACGGAACUCGUUUUGCUCUGCCAGCCCAACCCCAGCAAAGCUUCGACCACAACAACCACCGCACCGACGCUCGCACAGGACGCUCCUGCCGCAGCCAGUCUCAACGGCAGCGCAGAACCUUCUGCAGCUGGCGAUCGGGGUUGGGACUGCGACAGCACGUCCCAGCAUGGAUCUCGACAUGGCAAGCUAAAUCAAGACGUGCCCUUUUGCGCCAGCUUCAAACAAAACGGCCACCGCAUCGCCAUUGCCGCCGUCUUUGAUGGCCACGGGCUUCUUGGCGAGAUUGCUGCCGCCAUGGCGCGUGACACCAUGACCGCCCUCCAGCCAACCUUUGCCUGGGACUCGCUCCUCACUCAACCCGAGCAGGGCAUGCGCGAGAUCUUUGCGCAGCUCGACGCAGCCAUUGUCGCCGCCCACGAUGCGCCGCCGGCACAGUACACCUACAUUGGUCAGAGCGGGUCGCUCGAUUUUCGACUCGAAGCGCAUGCCAUUCCCGAACUGGACCCCCCAAGCGGCUACGUGUGUACGAGCCGGGACGGUGUACCCCCGCGACCGAUUGACUUUGGCUGCACUGCUGUGGUUGCGGUUGUGGUGGAUGAGACACACGUGGUGGUGGGGAAUGCGGGUGAUGCGGCGGCGUUUGUAUUGCUGCGCGAUCAGGCGGGUCACGAGGACCGGGACGGGUACAGCGUGGAAGCCUUGAGCGUUCAGCACACGGCGCGCAGCAAAGCCGAGCAAGCGCGGGUGCACGAGACGCAUCCGGGUGCUGCACAUUUCACUGGUGACGGGUACCUGGCACCGCUGGACCCGACAUUGGCACAGUAUGAGCUGCAGUUGACGCGCAGCCUGGGGCACCGCUUGCUGAAGCGGGCGGGUGUGAUCGCCGACCCGGAGGUCCGAUCGCAGACGUGGCCGGUGGGUGAGGUACACGGUGUGGUUGCGUGCUCGGACGGGAUCACGGACGAGCUCUCGGGCUUGGAUGUUUUGGACCGCGUGCUGAACGCGGGGACUGCACUGGAGGCGAGUGAGGUGCUGUGUCAGGAUGCACAGGACUACUGCAUGGACGAGACGUGCAUUGACGAUGCCACGGCCGUCGUCGCUCUCUUACGACCCCUGGCUGAUUUGCCUGCCCCCACGCCGGAUGUUCCUCCUGCACCAGUCACGCCUGUAACCAAGCCUGCCGUGACCGCCCCAAAACCUGUGAUUACCGCUCCCAAACCAACCAUUUCCGCUCCCAAACCUGUCGUCGCGGCGGUAAAGACAGCCUCAGAGCCGCCCGCAGCAGUUGCGUCACGCCCCAGUUUGCCGCGAAAGCCAACCAUUUUACGUAAAAAAGUUGAAAAGACUCUAACACGCGUUCGAAGCUACAGUACCCAUGGCUCCAGACAUGGCAAGCUAAAUCAAGACGUGCCCUUUUGCGCCAGCUUCAAACAAAACGGCCACCGCAUCGCCAUUGCCUCCGUCUUUGAUGGCCACGGGCUUCUUGGCGAGAUUGCUGCCGCCAUGGCGCGUGACACCAUGACCGCCCUCCAGCCAACCUUUGCCUGGGACUCGCUCCUCACUCAACCCGAGCAGGGCAUGCGCGAGAUCUUUGCGCAGCUCGACGCAGCCAUUGUCGCCGCCCACGAUGCGCCGCCGGCACAGUACACCUACAUUGGUCAGAGCGGGUCGCUCGAUUUUCGACUCGAAGCGCAUGCCAUUCCCGAACUGGACCCCCCAAGCGGCUACGUGUGUACGAGCCGGGACGGUGUACCCCCGCGACCGAUUGACUUUGGCUGCACUGCUGUGGUUGCGGUUGUGGUGGAUGAGACACACGUGGUGGCGGGGAAUGCGGGUGAUGCGGCGGCGUUUGUAUUGCUGCGCGAUCAGGCGGGUCACGAGGACCGGGACGGGUACAGCGUGGAAGCCUUGAGCGUUCAGCACACGGCGCGCAGCAAAGCCGAGCAAGCGCGGGUGCACGAGACGCAUCCGGGUGCUGCACAUUUCACUGGUGACGGGUACCUGGCACCGCUGGACCCGACAUUGGCACAGUAUGAGCUGCAGUUGACGCGCAGCCUGGGGCACCGCUUGCUGAAGCGGGCGGGUGUGAUCGCCGACCCGGAGGUCCGAUCGCAGACGUGGCCGGUGGGUGAGGUACACGGUGUGGUUGCGUGCUCGGACGGGAUCACGGACGAGCUCUCGGGCUUGGAUGUUUUGGACCGCGUGCUGAACGCGGGGACUGCACUGGAGGCGAGUGAGGUGCUGUGUCAGGAUGCACAGGACUACUGCAUGGACGAGACGUGCAUUGACGAUGCCACGGCCGUCGUCGCUCUCUUUCCUGCCCGUGAUACCAUUAGUGAAAAGCUCGAAGCCAUUGAAGUUGCCGUGGUGGCCGUCGGGUCUAACCAUGCCCGGCGGCUGCAGGUGCUAAUCAAAUCGAUUCUCUUCCACCAUUUGCCGCCACAGCCCUUGCGCUUUCAUGUGAUUACAGAUCAUGAGACAGCGGCCAGCCUGCGGCACUUAUAUCGAAGCUGGCGCUUGCCUGCUGUCCAGGUCCGCUUCUACAGCAUCACAGCUGCACUGCAGGGCGUCGACUUGCACGGUCUAGAGACGCAUCACUACGCCGGCCGCUAUGCGUUUGUAAAGCUUUUUGUCGCCGACCUGCUGCCCGUGAGCCUUGAGCGGGUGAUGGUGCUGGACACCGAUCUCCUGUUUCUGGGCCCCAUCGCCGAGCUCUGGGAUCAAUUCAAAGGAUGGAGUGCCUCGGCCAUAUUUGCUGUUGUGGACAAUUUCUCCGAGUGGUAUAUUCCAGGUCGCCUGCAGCGACAACCCUGGCCCGCGCCGGCACCCUUGGGCAUAAACACGGGCGUGACCUUGCUGCACCUGGCACGCCUGCGCCACCAAAACUUUCCAAAAGUCUGGACCAGCGCAGUUGCCCGUGUCCUAGCCGAUCCCCGCCUCAACAUCACAUACGCACCAUUGGCUGACCAGGACGUCAUGAAUACGGUUUUUUACGACAAUCCGACCCUGUUGCAUCGACUGCCCUGUCGGUUUAAUUACCAGCUGAGCGAGAACACGCUCAUCUUUCAG